AUGAAAAAAGAAAAAAAAGUACAUACAAGAAAAAAUGAAAAUUUGUCAAAUAACCAUAUACCAAAAUCAAUGGUUAUACGUACUGAAGCAUCAAAUGUUGGAUCCAGUAUAUCUCAACUUACACAAGAUAUCAGGCGUAUGAUGGGACCACAUACUGCUAUUCGAUUAAAAGAACGAAAAGCUAAUAAGCUUAAAGAUUAUAUUACAAUGAGUGGUCCUUUAGGUGUUACUCAUCUUUUAUUAUUAUCAAAAACAGAAUCAGGUCCCAAUAUGAGAAUUGUUCGAACUCCACAUGGUCCAACUUUAUAUUUUAAAAUAAAAACAUAUUCACUUUGUAAAGACAUUAUAAAAACACAGAAAUAUCCUAAAUCUCCAGGUUCUGAAUUUCUAACACCACCUUUGCUUAUUUUAAAUGAUUUUAUUUCAGAAAAAAAAGAACAACCUCAUGAAAUUCUUUUAACCUCAACAUUUCGUAACAUGUUCCCUAAAUUAUCAUUUCAGAACGCCCAAAUGUCGCAUGUUAAGAGAGUUUUACUUUUACAUCGGAACGCAUCUGAAGAUUGCAUUGAUUUACGUCAUUAUGCUAUUAUAACAAGAAAUAUAGGAGUUUCUCAUUCUAUUAGAAAAAUUUCAACUAACUUGGAUCCAAAAAAAAAACCUUUACCAAAUCUAAGUCAUAUUAAAGAUAUAUCAGAAUACGUACUUAAUACAGAAUCUAUAUCUUGUGGAAGCGAUUCAGAAAUAGAUGAUAAUAUAACUAUUGAAGUAAAAGAAAAGAAUAAUAUAAAGAAUGGCGCAAAAGAAAAAACACAAAAAAAAGCUAUAAAAUUAAUUGAACUUGGCCCUAGAUUACAAUUGGAACUAUACAAAAUAACAGAAGGAAUUUCAACUGGGGAAGUCUUAUUUCACAAAAAUAUUACUAAAACACUAAAUGAAGGAUUAAAUUUUAAAGAAAAAUAUUAG